AUGCCACAGGAUGCAUUCUAUGUGGGGGCAGACGAAGAUAGCGACUUCGAGGCGGACGAAGCCUAUGACCUCAGCCUCGAUGGAGUUCGUCUUCGGAAACGCCUUUUCAACGUCGAAGCCAGCUCGGCCGUGCCCGCGACAGAGACCGGGCCUGCGGUGGCCGUCGACAGUUACACAGAUUGGAUGGGUCUUGAGGGAGGGGAUUUAGAAGCCAUGGUGGCGGUCGCCGACAGCGUUUCGACACUGGUCUGGGAUGUGGAUGACUCCGACACCAAGAAACGGCGGCGCUAUGACAGCUCGGACAACCCGAAUCUGUUAUGGCGACCUCUCAUGUCCACAUUCUUGGAUGGAAUGAUACGCCACGACGGCCUGGGCGAUUAUUCGCAAUGUACCAAAUGCGCCUUUUGCAAGGAUGCCAACAUCAACGACCAAUUGUUUCGCUGCGAGGAUUGUGGGGAGUUUCUGCAAUGCGAAGGUUGCGUACGAGAGCGACACGCACUUGCACCUCUCCAUGUUGUGAAGAAAUGGAAUGGCCAAUUUUGGGCAGACGCGUCGCUACACCGAACGACUACGGGCUAUGACAACGGGCUAGGUCUGGUGUAUCAGCUGGGGCAUCAUGGUCAUGCCUGCCCCCUCCCCGACUCGCUCGUUAGGACGUAUGGUUGUUCUCGACAUCCGUGGCGUCUUCGUCCUCAAUGUGCAAUUCUGUGGCUGUACCAAGUAUCUCGCCCACACCCACUCCGCUUUGUUGCGCAACUAUUGGACAACGCUUGGUACCCGGCAACGACAGUCACUCCAGCGACAUGCGCCACUUUCAGAGCGCUCGAGCUGUUUCGCUUACUAUCUGUGGUGGGCAAUAUGAAUGCUCAUGACUUCGUGGGCUCGUUGGAAAGAUUGAGUAAUCCUACAAAAGUGGGAGCUACUCCGGAUCGUUACCGCGCAUUCAGCCGUAUGGCGCGGCAGUACAACAUGCUCAAACGCCUGAAGCGAGGGGGUCGUGGGCAUGAGCCGGAUGGAGUCCCGGGAACUGGUCCAGGGGAGCUGGCCGUUCCCUGCUGGGCAUGUCCUUCACCAGGUUUUAACCUACCGGACGGAUGGGAGUCACGGCCCGUCGCUGAAAGAUUCCAAGACUCGCUUAUGCUUGCAUUAGAUGCAAACUUUCGAUUGAAGAACCGGAUUCGACCGAAUGAGCGAGCAGAUCCAUCGUUCGGCUCGGGGUGGAGUUAUUUCGUAGGCGUGAACGAGUAUAAAGACCACUUGCGAAACUAUGUUGGGGAAGAAGAUGUAAGCUCCUGUAUCGCUUUCGCGGCUUUGGUGCAGAAGGAUACCCGGUUAACGACGGGAUUGCGAGUGUCUGGUGUGGGAGGCUGCGUCUGUGCCCGACACGGAGUGGUGCGACCUUUAGGCUUGGGCGAUUUACAAAAGGGCGAGCGCUACUCAAAUAUGGAUUACAUAUUGCUUUCGGCAUUGCGCUUCGCAAGCGUUCGGCGUCUGGUCCUAUCGUAUGACAUUCAACGGAAAAUGCUUCCAUUACGGCGGACCUCAGCAACUUCGAUAUCGACUUCGCACUUCCUGUAUGGCAUGCUCUCGUCCACGAGCCCUCUUGCCAAGCGGAAAACUCGCCUCAGUUACCUGGAGGGAGUGGGAAGAACUGAUGGGGAGGGUAUCGAGCGGACCUGGUCCGUUUUAAACCCAGUGUCUUUCGCUACCAAAGAGAUGGGCGAAUCACUGUGUCGCAAACUCAUUGUUGCGAUUGCAGAGUGCGAGAGGCAAACCCAGCAGUUUAACGAGAUGGACGAGAGUUUGAGUGAUAAAAGUCGAGGGCGAUGGAUGGGGAUUGUGGAAGCGUGGUCGCGAGACCGAACAAAACCCAACCCGUACAUGACGGAAGGCGGGAAGAAGGCGGGACCUUCCGAAACGCAAGUCCUUGCUGAACUCCGAAAAGAGGAGCUGGAAGAGAUACGCGAAGGACGGGGCAGGAUUGCUGAGGGAAAUAUGACAUCGGCCGGAUUCAUAAAGGCCAAAUUGCAGUUGGAGAAUCUCCAAAUUCGAAUCGCAACAGAAGCGAAGGGCAAAGGGUUGACAGCAGAUCGUGCGAGUCAACUCGAUGAACUUCGUGUUUCUUUCUUCAAAAAACUGCGGGUUCUCGAAAAGCUAGAGGAGGUGUUCAUGCCAGGGGUCAGAGCGUUGCGAGAGUCAGCGGAAGAGUUGCGCGACCCCGACUUACCUCCAGUCAAGGCUGAACACGUUCCGUUGUUCCUUCCGUCAGACCUAUCACAAGCGGAGCUGCGACCUCUGCAGGGCCUCAAAAGAAUCGAGCUCCAACUUCGACGCGCUCAAUGUGGUGACGCGAUCGCGAGUUUGCGCUCACGGAUCCAUGCCAUGACGCAUUUGAUCCUGUUUCGCAACUCACAGGUGGUGGGGCAGAAGAAGAGCACAAGAUCGAAUACUGCGAUCGCGCGAAUGAACGAGCGGAAACUGAAGGACGCGGAGAAGUAUCGAAGGGCGUAUCGUGCGAUGAGAGCGUUGGGGGGAGCCCAAUAUGCCCCAGAGUUCAAGGAGCUCCGCGACGAGGAUUUAAGCGAUAGAACAUCGGUUGAGGAAGACGACGCGGAAGCGAGGGCACGUCUGGGACGAGUCGGGGCCGUGCGGCGCGUGCGUACUGAGCCGUCACUGAAAAGGAAAACAACGGCUGUAUCUUGGAUUUGGUUUGUGGGUGGCAGUGUCGACAAUGGCGAGAUACAUGACGCUGUGCGCGUCCAAUGGUCAAAGGCUCGGGCCCGUCGAGACAGGUGGACGGAGGAGGUGGCAAUUCUGCGGGAGGAGAUGAAGCGUGUGUUGCGCAGCUUAAACAGCGUGCAAUCUGAAUGGCGGGCGCGAGCGGAACGUCGCUCGGUCGGUGAAGCAGGGCUGGCCUCAGGUCUGCGGGCCUACGCCCUCAAACAGGCUGCCGUCUACCAGCGCAUUGCGGAGGAUUUCUUUGCCACGUGGAAUGUUUCCCCGGCGCAGGCCGUCAAGGGCGUUAUGAGAGAGGAUAGCACUACGUAUGAAUUGUUGCUUGGGAGAACGAAUAUUUGA